AUGACUUCACUAAUUAAAACUUUGACAUCUUUUGGUAUUACCGGUUGGCUCGCUUUUCUAGCCAUCGCAAUUCUUUUUUAUAUUCUAAUAUUUUAUUAUAAAUAUUUUACGCGUGAAAAUCCCCUUCCGGGUCCAUUUCCUUUACCCGUUGUUGGUAGUCUCUACCAAAAUCCGGGACACUUUGCAAAAUGGAUUCAAGAUCUACACAAAAAAUAUGGUGACAUGUUUGAAAUUUGGAUCGGCUCACAGCGGCAAAUCUGGUUAAACAACGCAGAACUUAUUGCCAAAACUACCUUGACAUCAUUAAAUACUGCCUUUAUUAUUCGUUACUCGCAUGAUUCGGGAUUGGAGGAAUGGGGUGACACUACUGGAAUAGGGUUUAAUCGGGUUCCAUGGAGUUGGCGAUAUAAUAGAAGAUUAGUUAACGAUGCUGUGAAUUCGCUGAGCUUUCUUAAAGAAUUCACUGGAAUGAUGCAACGAGGUUUUGGAGAAUUGGAGACAUAUUGGAAAGAAAUAGGACUAGAUAAACCACAAGAUAUUCAACUCUGGGUGAACCGAUUUAUUUCCGAUAUGCUGUAUAUUACCACAACAGGAAAGAAUGUUAAAUUUAUGGCGAAACACUUUAAUAGUCUUUCGACAGACAAGAAAGUUGAGCUUUCUACAACGAUGCGUCUUCACUCUACUGCGCCAAUUAUGUUUCGAACGAAUAACGAACGGACUGAAGUUGGAGGUUUUUCUUGGAAACCAGACACACAGUUUGGCGUAAAUUUUCAAUCCGUGCAUCAUAGUUCUGAUCUUUGGAAAGAUGCCGAUAAAUUCAUCCCAGAACGACAUCUCUUGUCUGAUAAAGAUUUGAAAAGAAAGUUCUAUCCAUUUGGGGGUGGAUUACAUAUUUGCCCCGGGCGCCUUUUUGGCACGGCCCUUUUAAAGACGCUAGUGGUAGUAUUCUUCCGGAAAUACAACGUGGAAUUGGAGAAUCCUAAUACACCAAUUCGUACUAGCCAUGACUUUACCCUUCAUAGUCAUGAUGCAAUAGUGCGUCUUAGCCCACGAAUUACAACAAAUAAGAAAAUGUAG